AUGACUCCCGCUCAGUUCCUGGAGCUGCUCGGCAUCCGGUUUGUCAACGGAGGUGCCGGCCAGCUGGCCUGGAUCAAUGACCCGGCCCACUUUGCGGGGAUCCAUGUGGUCAAUCCAGGCCAGCUGGCCCCGGUCCCCGUCAAAGAACAGGAGCUCAGGAGUGGGGCUGGGCGUGGGGGAGAGCUCGCCCCGGAGGACCCCCGAGGUUCUGAUGUGGGAGGAGGCGGCUUCUGCCGCAGGCCUCCUCCUCAGUGCCCUCGAUGA